CGCCUGACAGGUUUAUUAAUCGAUACUAGGUCACGUUGCUCGUCACGUUAUUUCUCUUGUGCGAAUUUGUUUACAGUACAGUGCGAGUUUGUUUACAUGACUUUGGUUUGAUUAUCUUUUUCCAGAGUAAGGCUUCAAAAAAUGUCGUCUCACAGUGCAGGAAGGAUGACGGUGAUAUUGGUGGGUUUUGUAGUGUACGCAGUGACUUUGGCAAUUUCCUACAUGUCGUCGAACAACGCAAUUGAUAUUGGUAUUUUCAAAAACAGCACAGGCGAUAUUUCGGAUAAGUUUUACCUAACUAUCACGCCGGCCGGAUGGACGUUCGGACUGAUCUGGGCUGUUAUCUACAUAUAUCAGCUGGUGUGGUAUGUGUAUGCCCUGACCACCAUUUGCAGACGAGACAAUGAAGGGAACUAUCUAUACACACUAUCUUUCCUGCCGCGAGCUUUCUAUGUCGUAUUCAUGGCGAACAAUGUUGUUUUGGUUGUGUGGUUGGUUUUGUGGGACAGAGAAUGGGUACAGUGGGCAUUAAUUGACAUCGUCUUCGCGCCAUUCACUCUGUACGUCUGCUUGUUUAUCUCUUACAAGUACUUGUAUGACAACAUUGCCACUCUAAGAAGUCGUGGGGUCGGAAAGGAAGUAUGGCUCAUACGGGCUUUGGUGCACAAUGGUAUGUCAUUCUUCGCAACGUGGGUUUCCAUAGCAACACUGCUGAAUUUUGGAGUUGUUUUAACCUACAUAUGGUCAGUUGAUGUACAGCUGUCUUCGACAAUCGUCUUAGGAAUUUUGUCUUUGGAAAUACUUGUCUGGUUCACACUUGAAACAUGUUUCAUUGACAAGUAUGUACGUUAUACUAUUACGCCGUACAUUGUUUUAGUGGUCGCCCUUACCGGAAGCGUUGCGAAGAAUUUCGACCUUGACACCAAUAACCGGAACUCCAUUUUCACUGCUGUCUUGCUGGGAGUGAGUGGUCUGCUGUUGAUUACAAAACUUUUCAUUGUGAUCAGACGACACAGGAGGUAUCCUAUAAAGGGAAAUAUUAACGAUGAUGUAAAAGGGACACUAGCUUGAUUAUUCUAAGGAUUUUUUGGCAAGUUCUUUUGUACGAGAAUGUCUUUUUUUCGUUAGGGUAUGGUAUACAAUUUAUUUUAUAGUACAUGAUUAUUUGCGGUGAAAAGUUUUAAAUAGCAACUUGGUAUACCCAAGCUCCAUACGUUUUUGUAAUGUUGGCCGUAUUGAAAUGAUCAUAGGCUUUUAAUAAGGUACAAUGUCAAAGUUAACAAGCCACAUUCAAAAUUUUGUUUUUAUUAUAUCAUUCGGAAGUCUAAUUUUAUUCAAACAGCCCCUUAAGCAAAUGAAAAGUGAUUGUUUUAGCAACACGCUGAUAUAUAUCUAGGUUUAAUUAAGGGUAUAAACUAUCUGUCAAUUUUACGAAUGACUCCAGAAACAAGAAGUCAAACGCAUUUUAGAUUGGCCCGUGGACUGUCUGAUACAGUCUUGCAUAAUCAGUUACUCAGGUAAGGAAUUUCUUAAUUCAAAUGAAAUCUUGAUAAGGUGUUCAUUUUCGUAAUACUUCUUUCUUCAGUCAUGUUAGUUAAAAGCUUAUCAAUUGUGAUACAAGUCAAAUGGUUUAUCGCGGCCAGAAAUUUGUACAAACCGGACAGAAGUUGCGAAAUUGUCAUUUGUGCAGGAAUGAAGCGUUUACCAUAAUGUCCAGUACUGGACAGGUAUAGUGACCAUGCAAUCUGACUAAAGUACAUAUCCUAUUACGCUACGCAUAGGAUCUGAGAACGACCUAUUCAUUGCCUCGUUCUGACGACCCUUUCGCUAGCCAUACAGAGCCUAACUUACAACAUCUUGCAAAUCUACCUGUAGCCUUGACUUUUGAUAUUUACAAUUUUUAUGUCAUAAUUAUUCAGAUAGCCGGUUAGCUCAGUCGGUAGGCCACUUGCUUUGUAAGCGAGGGGUCCUGGGUUCGAGCCCUGGAAUAACUGCAAAUUUUUCUUACUCUUUGACAUUCGAACAUGUCGUCUGAUUGGAUAAAAUAAAAAUAGCAAUACUGGAAAUCCAAAAUAUACAGAAGACGAAUGUGAAUGGGUCGUUCUCAGAUCUUCGUUUAGAAGAUCAAGUACUUUAGUCAGAUUGAGUGACCAUGCACGGACACAGCCAAUUUUCUCAGAGGGGGUCCGAUCCCCUGCCCCCACCCCCCACCCGCCCUGGAAAUUUUGCAAUUUGGCACUUCAUUUUUUGCAUUCUGGGACAGUUUUAUGGACUAACCUGUUAAAUUUGCGAAAAUGAUAAAAUCAAGCUUUCUUGAAGGUAAAAUUCUUAGUUUCUUUUAGAUAAAUAAUAUGAAUUAUGUCGGGGUCGUAUGUAGCAGCAACCGCAUAUACUUUACAUGCAGUCCUAAUGUUGCCUUUUUCGAAAAACAUUUUCUUUCCUUCUUGUCUUCUUUCAUUUUUUAAAGAUAUUACAGAGGGGGUCCGGACCCCCGGUCCCCACCCCCCAUCUGGAUCCGCGCAUGGUGACAUAUCAUGCUUUCUGUUUAUGCAGGUAAACUUGUGUUUGGUUAAAUUUCAACAGAGCACAAUUGUCUGAACAGUGUACAAACUCAUUACUGUUUUUUCAGGCAAGGGUGGAAAAAAAGUGGUAGACAAUGAAAGCAGUAACAUUUUUAUUAAAAAAAAAUAAACAAUGAGACAAACAUUUCCAACAUCUUUGGACGGUUCAAAAAUCCCAUGUUAAACAUACGAUAAAGCCCGAAACGCGUGAAAAUGUUCCGAAUGUAAAUCGGGUGAAGUAAGCGCUCUAUGUAGAUUAUGCGUCUAGAUUGAUUAAACUGGGCGAGUCUACUUACUUAUUACUUGAGGAUGAAAAAAAAACGUGUUUUUUAAAUGUUGCUCUUAAACAUGGGUGGUGGUUGAACUACUAAAAGUACAACAACAGUUGAUUCACAACAAAUCGUACGGUAUGUUUUAUAAUCAGUAGAAGCUAGUCGUAUUUACGCUUAUGAGACCUGUUUCACCCAUAAGUAAAGAAUUGACAGGUCCAUCAUGAAAUAUUUUCCCCAUCGUGCAACUGCUUGUCCUAUUCAAUAUGAUUGCGGCCUCAUCGGCCGCGAUAAAAAACUAAAGCUCCUAACACUUCAGUAUAUAUAUUUAUUGUGAAUAUUGGUUGUACGUUACUUAUGUAUAUUAUCAUGGAUCAUUGUAUAUUGUCUGUAAUUUGUAUAUACAUACUUUGUGUCUUGUUCAUCUGUUCAUGUUAUGGAGGAUAAAAAAGUCUUAACUAGUCUCAGAAUUCGGGGCAUCUAUUGAUUCACGGUUUCUCAUCCUAAUAUUUAAUGCGAGACCGUGUUUGUUAAGCAGACAAAUGUGUUACUAUUACAUUCAUCACAAAGAGAAUCUCAUUCAAUUCUCAUUGUGUAUAUUUUUUACAUUGCUUUAUAGUAUACAAUAGGUUGUGAUGUAUUUUACGCAUAUUUAGAUCUGUGUAUUAGAUGUGUUCAUCGCGUCGAAGAAAAUUAAUGAUAUUAAAUUUCAUUUUAUAUUUUCUUAGUUUGAUUGAAUAGAUUGUUCAUAUAUUAUAGCCUUUUGUGUUCCUUUGAGUGCACCUUUAGAUUGUUCAUAUUGUAUAGUCUUAGAUAUUCCUUUACAUGCAUGUUAUGAUACAUACAUCUAUUUCACGGCUAUAAAAAUUUAAACACAUUUUAGCUUUUUCUUUCUGUCACGUGACGAUACAAUGUUUAGGUGUUCAUGCAAGUAAAAAAUCAUGCAAGAUAACGCAUGUUAACAUACGUAUUUAUGAGAUAUCAUUAUAAUUUAUAUUUGUUGUAAGGUAUUUUGAAAUGUUUUUUAUCUGUCAAUCAAAACUGUGAAUAUU